AGCGAAACCUGAAAGCUUAUCCCAACCCCACACCGUCCAUUAUAUCCUCCUCAUGCCCCACUGCAGAAGCCUCGUCUCUUGCCUUUCUUUACCAUCUCUUCCGUUCAAGCUGAGUCGAGGCUUCAGUGGAUGCAUGGAGGCGUCUCUCUUGCCAGACAAUAAGCGUGGGAUCAUGGAUGAGGAGGAAGAGCUCGAAUCCAUGUCUUCCUUCUACAGCGAAGAGGAUGACUCGGAUCGGGAAUCGAUGGAGGAUGCAACGUCCUCGAGUUCAUCUUUGUCCUCGUGUCCACCGUCGUCAUCGUCGUCGUCGUCGUUGGAUGAUCAGCUCGAAGAGGGGUCUCUCUUUCAGAUGUCUUCCCUCAUCUCGGUGCUUCCCAUCAAGAGAGGGUUAUCGAAGCAUUUCAAUGGGAAGUCACAGUCCUUCACUUCUCUGGAUAACGUGCGGUGCUUAGAAGAUAUCGUGAAGCCUGAGAGGCCAUGCAAUAGAAGACUCAGCUCCUGCAAGAGUUACGGAGGAGGGUUGGAUAGCCACAAAGCAUUGUCUCCAAAGGCUUCCUCCAGGAUCAUCACAAAGAAGGCUUCUUCUUCUUCUUCUUCUUCCCUGCUAAGCGCAAGGAGGCACAGCUUGUCGAGCAACAGGCCUCCUGUUUGCCCACCACACAGACCAAGCAGCCUAUCAGGCCAAAUGAAAUUUUUGUGCACUUGACAGCCUAUCAGCUUCUUUUUCUCAGUUAUUCUCAUGUUGUUGACUGAUUGGUUGUACACAUGUUCAAUGUAAUGUUGUUUGUUGAUUUCAUGGGAUCUUGUUGGUG